UGAGAAAACCAGAACAGGCCAUCAUGAACCAUACCUACUAUUCUACCUGCCCAAGAAAGUGGAUUGGAUAUGGAAAUAAAUGCUAUUAUUUUUCUGAAGACACAAGAAAUUGGACACAUUGCCAGAACUCCUGCAGGGCAUUGGGAGCUGAACUCACUCAGUUUGAAAGCUUGGAAGAACUGGAUUUCCUGAGGAGAUAUAAAGGCCCUUCUGAUCACUGGAUCGGCCUGUACAGAGAAUCAUCAGGACAGCCUUGGAAGUGGACAGACAACACUGAAUACAACAACACGGUUUCCAUCCGAGGAGUGGGAGAACACGCCUACCUGAAUGACAAUGGAAUUAGCAGUGCCAGGGUCUAUGCAGAUAGGAAGUGGAUUUGUAGCAAGCCCAACAGCUACAUUCUCCAGUGCCAAAUACCUUCUACUUAUUCUUAGAGUGUAGCAGAGGUGCAUUUUAAUUUGCUAUCUGCAGUUGUCAUUAUCAAACUGUUAUUCAAGUUAUCAAAUUGUUAUCAAAAGCAUCAUACAUGUAUUAACAGCAAAGAUGAAAACUAGCUUAGAGGAUUAUGUACAUGGGACAUAGAAAUGAUUCUAAAUUACAUAGGGGUUUUCAGAUGAGCUGGUUCUUGUAUUUUAAAGCUAAAGUUUAAUCAUAUCGGUGUAAGUGAACUCCACUUCUGGGACAUUGAAUUUUUGCACAUAGUCAAUCUUUGCUGUGAAUACAUGGGAUCAUAAAGAGAGCAGCAAAGAAAGUCAUGGAAGUGAUUUUUAAUAAUCAUAAGA